UGAGGAAGAGACCAGGGAGGAGCUGAAGAAACUGCCCGUGAUACCCACACGCACAUUGAAGGAGCAUCCAUCUAUAGGCUUUUGUGAAGACAGAGUUAUCUGUUUCUAUGAGAAGAUCACUGGAACCUCCAGGGGUCUGGCUAUUGUUAAUUACAUGACCAUUGUAGAAAAACUAGCAACAUAUGGAAUUCAUUACUAUGAUGUAAAGGAUAAGAAAGAUAUACCAUGGUGGUUAGGUAUUAGUCCUAAAGGCAUCGCUGUUUAUGAUAAGAAGGACAAAACUACACCUAGAAAACUGUUUACUUGGAAAAAUCUGGAAAACCUGUAUUAUAGAGACAAGAAAUUUUCAAUAGAAGUACAUGGACCUAAACGUGUGUCUGUGAGUCGCAGAACGUUUGGCGCCAGCAACGUUGAUGUCCACGCUUGGUUCGCCAGUACCCCGCAGCUGACCAAAUGUAUCUGGUCCAUGGCUGUAGUCCAACACCAGUUUUACCUGGACCGCAAACAGAGCAGGAGCCAGCUGCCUUCAGCGAGGAGUAUGUCGGAGAUCGCUGCCGACCUAUGCAGGAGUACUACCUCAUUACCUGGAUCUCUAGGUUCGGAUCUUAGCAGAAGUCCCAGCUCACACAGUCUUCCCAGCUUGUCCAAUUCUAGAUAUGACUUGACCAUUGAGCAGUCUGAUUCACUGAAGGCAGAAAGAGAAAUGUACCAGGCACUCAAGGCCAGAAAAGAGGCAUUGGAGGAGUCAUUCAAGAAGAAGAUAGAGGAGCUCAAACUGCUGUGUUUGCAGGAAGGGGAGUUGACAGGAGAGCUUCCUCCAGACUUCCCAAUGGCCCCAGGAGAGCAGCCACCAGUGUUCAGAAGGAGGGUUGGCACAGCCUUUUCCUUGUCUGUCAAAAAUGUGCAAGACACAGACCAGCUGUCUACUGAGCUGUCAAAACUGGAGCUAGAAGUGGAGCUGCAGGGCAAGAUUACAGCGGCGGCUCACAGACUGGCAAGUGAUAAAACAGUCAGCAAGUAUGUCCGAAAACAGAGGAAACAGUCUUACACUAAAGCGUUUGGAAAGCUGAAAGAAAUGGAGAAAAAAUUAGAUGACAUGCGCAAAAAGAUAAGGAAACCAGCAAGUGAUAGCCAGGCCGGCAGGUCAGCGGACGACCGUCAGACAGUUAAAGGAAAUAAUCAGACACCUGAUGAUGGCUCUACUGAUGGAUCUGGUGAUAGUCAUAAUCAUAGAGCAGCUCUUAGCCCUAGCCACAGCAG